ACUCUCAGUCAAUCGCAAAACGCAUGCAGAUACAGAUACUCGUACUCGCUCCGCUUCGCUUCGAUCCGCCAGAUACAUAUACUGUAUACGCGUUGAAGUUGUGCCCGGAAUCCGAGACAGGAAAAUUACCAUUGCAAACGGGAAAUUCAAUUUAAAAGUUGUCCACACAACCGACAAGAAAAGUGUACUUCGGGUCGUUAAAGUAAAAGUGCAAAGAAAUGACAAUGCAAAUCAACACUGAACAACAAAAGCCGGGAAGCGAAGGAGUUGCAACGGGAGGUCUACGAGGAGGAGGAGGAGGUGCAGCAGCAACAACAAUGUCUACUGGUGUUAAACAAAAGUCCAAAAGUCGCACAUCCUGCUGGCUCUUUCAGCGACGCCAGUUGGACAAUAUCUCCAUAGUUUUCGCCGAAAUGAUUGCCACUGCCAUGCUGAUGUUCCUGGGCUGCAUGGGUUGUGUCCAGAAUGCCGUGAUUAUUAACUCCAACUUCCAGGGAUCCCUUAACUUCGGAUUCGUAGUGCUAAUCUGUAUUCAGUGUUUUGGCUGUGUGUGCGGAGCUCACUUAAAUCCGGCUGUUACCUUGGCCCAGUAUAUCUACAACAUGAUCUCGCUGCCCAUGGCACUGGCCUACUUUGUGGCCCAAAUGGUGGGGGCUUUCAUCGGUUAUGGCCUACUGAAAGCCGUUCUGCCGGACAGUGCUAUCUAUAGUUCGGACACGCCGAAUGGUGUUUGCAUUACGGCCCUCAACAGCACUCUGACUAGCUGGCAAGGCGUGACUGUUGAGUUCCUGAUCACCUGCGUCCUCAUUGCCAUUUGCUGCGGUGUCUGGGAUCCCAGGAAUGCCAAAAAUACGGACUCUGUGGCUGUGCGUUUUGGCCUGGCUAUCUCCUGUCUUUCACUAACAGCGGGACAGCUAACAGGAGCCAGCAUGAAUCCUGCCAGAUCCUUCGCUCCAGCCGUAUGGAAUGGAGCCUGGGAGAAUCACUGGAUCUACUGGGUGGGACCCAUGGCUGGAGCAUUAGUUUCCUCACUGGUUUACAAGUACGUCUUUCGGUCUCGAGAGAAUGACGAUCUCGAGAACGAAGAAACCACAUUAUCCACAAAAAGAAACUCUGAGGCAGACCUCGCCUAGAUUUAAGCAGCUCUCCACUCCCUUAAGAAAAGAUUAUCGUUUAAGUUGAAUGCGGUUUAGUAUUUAAGUUGCAAAAAAAUAAAAACAUAAAAAAUACAA